AUGCCAAACCACUUCCUUACUUUGACUUGCGACAUGUCUAAGCCAUUUGUCAUCCCAGAGAUCUCCCCGGUUUCUGAAAACUCUAAGACCUCUGCUAAUACAGGUGACUUAAUUGACUUGUCUCCAUCAGACGGUAUUGAAUUGCCAACUUCAAAAACAUCUAAACCUGGUCGCAGCUUGUCCAACGUCAGUGACAUCGAAGUCUCUCUAUAA